AUGCCGGCAUAUUCCGCGGAGGCCUACCUGCAGCCUCCCUUACGCUUAGGCGCCGCAGACGAUGGCGGAGGCAUCGUACCAGCGCGCAGCGUCUUGGUCAUUCACGCAAACUACUUCUGCUCCUAUUGGAGCCAGUCAGGAAACGAUGAAUCAUGGGCCAGAGUGCAGGCAGUGCUGGAGGAGUUGGAAAGCAAGUGCACUGUGGCUGUGACAUGGCGUCGCUUCGAUGGCAUGUGGUCCGUGCAGGACAUUCAGCGUGUUGCCAGUGACGUCGGCAGAGCGAUCGAAGAGAACCGUGGCAAGCACUCCGCCAUCUACGGCUGCUUGAGCCUGGACGACUCGAAUCGCCUUGCAAUCACGCAUGAUAUAAGCCGGCAGAGUAACACACUCAAGCCCGUCUUCACAGCGCUAAAGGAGACCCAAGCAGUUUGUAUUGCAUGCCGUGACGAGUACAGCAAAGUUCUUGGGACAAGGCUCUGCUCACUCCAGAUCAUGGAUUGCCUCGAGUGCUCACUGGAUGCAUGUUUCUUCGAUGACUCGGGCACUGGACUGGUGCUAAGCUGGUGGAAGAAAGUAUCGUGCAAGCAGCUCGUGGCAAUCGACGUCUUUCUUGGUGUGACCGGUGAUCAAGCUGAGGAUCUCUCUCUUGUUCUUCUUCCCGGCGGUGACCCGUGCGAAUUCUGUUCCAACCCCUCGACUCCAUCUGGUGAUGUAAGCACAUGUGGCAAACAUCUGGAUGAGUCUGGAAAGGCAGUUUCCAUGCCAACUGGCUUGACAUGGAAUAUGCCUGAAGUACAGUUGGCUGUAUCACUCGCCACUAUUGCUAGUAGCUGUCUUUCUCUCGCACAGAGUGUCCAGUUGACGAAGUGGUCAAAUGGCAUGGUACAGACCAUACUUUACCUUGUAAGGGACACGGUUACUCGUGGCGAUACACUGGCCAAAGCUAUCACUGCCCAUGGAGAACCUGACGAGUGCCAAACGGAUGCGGCACAAGCCACUGUCGACCACUCACGUCAGAAUGCCAGAGAUCCCGAGUCUCAGAGCGACAGAGUGCAGGAAAUGGACGGUGAUGUCCACGAAGACACUGAAAGCGCCGCAUUGCAAGGUAGCACGAGCCAAUCAGUGGCCAAUACUGCGCCGGCGAAUACAGAGAAUGUCCAAUCUCGUAGCGCCAUGGCGGAAGUUCCUAUCGCCAAUGGACGCCAAGGUGCUGAAAUCUCCGUGACCCCAACUGGCACUCUGCAAACGACUCACGACAACACACCCGAGGAUUCUGAAACCGUCGUAUCUCAAACCGAUAUGGUCGAAACAACUAGCGACCAUGACCGGCGUGAUGCAGGAAUGUUCGAAACUGAAAGCAGCACGGGGCAUGUGACUGAUGACAAGGCGCACCAAGAUGGUUGGGUAAAAAUCAACAUCGAGGAUGCUCCAAGGGAAAUCCCCGAUCAGAGCACACCAAAUGUCCAUUUCCACGUUCUGAACAUGACCGGAUCAGAGAACAUGGCAAGAAGCUUCCAGGACCACGUACCUGAAGGUUCCAUCAAGACCAGUGUCUCCCUGCAGACUCACCAUGGAGGCAAGGUGGAGCAGGUGAAUGACAUGUGUUCCCUCACGGAGAGUGGCUGCAUCACGGCUGCCAUUUUGCUCGACUGGUAUGAUGCUGAUGAGCAUGCGCUCUCUGCCAACAUUGAGGCUCUGAAAGAUUUCAGCAUCAUCUUUCUCUGCUUUGUCGGUUACUGCCAAGCCACAAAGUGGCUCGGAGAUGCCAAAUUGGAAAGUUUGCGCUUGCGUAUGCUGGAUCGUAACAUCAUCAUCCUGGGCUGGUGGAACAAGAUACCUAGUUCCUUAGGAGGAACACUCAAGUUCUGCAUACAGAGAACGAUCUCGCGAUCACCAAAGGAUGAGUCACCAGACCUGCAUGAGGUUGCUGGUAACGGAGAGAUUCUUGCAGGCUGUGUUGAUGGCAUUUCUGGUGCUGUGAGCAAUGGCCUAGGUUGGGUGUGGACAUGGAGACAAGCAGAUACUGCACAGGAUGAACCAUCUGAGCCGCAAACUCCAGGUGGUGCUUGUCUGGAGGAUUGAAACGCAGGAAUACUCAACUGCUCUGGGCUGCUGCACACUGGUGAGACUUGAUUCAAACGUGAGCAUCGGACUUCAUCAAUUCAGAUCACUCAAUGAACCCCAAUAAAUUUAGGCAGCUACUCUGGGCUUCGUGUAAGAACGAGCACACUGUACUGAGUACCAUUCUGCCGAAUGAAAUCCAGCCGUGUAGACCAGGUGUGCGACCUGCGCUAGUACUCGGCCCAGUGUUCACAGGUCUAAGGCUGCAUAGCACCCGUUGCAUACUCCAUGAACUCGAUUGGAUUUUACUACCUCACCCCGGAAAUGUGCAUGCUGCAGUUGCGAGGGGGUGAGACGUUUUGAAGCAUGUCGUCCAGUGGCUUUCACAGCCCCUGCUGGAUCAAUCCCUUUGAAGUGAUUAUUUGUAUGUGUAGUCCAAGCCAUUGUGGUUAGAUAUGUCCCCCUAGCCUAGCCUACCCCAACGGAACAUCCAAAUAAUAGCCUUUACUAUCAAUUCAACUGUAUUGUUUGACAAAUGUCUUUGGUAAGGUUGUGUACUUGGAUAAAACAAAUAAAUUGAGAAGAUCCAUGCUUUCCAUAUUUGACACAAUAUGUGUUUCUAUUGGUUAUAGUUUACUUUCCGUGUGCGUACAGGUCUUCCUUUAAAUGCUCACGCGUUGCUUUUUCUUCAAUAGAGAGGUUCUGCAAAACGAAAAUGUGUACGAACUUUCGCUCUACGUCACGAAGUGAGAAACUUCGCACGAACUUUCGCAACUUUGGACGCGAAACUUGCAGGGAACGCGAAAUGAACUUUCGUAGGAAGUUUCGUGAGAUUGGGUCAUGUCGUACGUGCACUUGGCGCGUGCAAACUACGAAAAUGUGCAGAACACAAAGUUCGUGCGAAAAUUCGUACACACUUUCGCAAGGCCUGUCGCGAAACUUCGUUCGAACUUUCGUUGUGCAGAACCUCUCUAUUUGCAAGCAUAUAUGCACGUUAUAAUGUUAAAACCCCGCUCAUUCCUCAUUUCUUCACUUCUGUUCGCCUUGGGCGAAGGCUAGCCAAGCUUGCUUGGUGUUCCAAACUCGGAAAGGCUUGUAAUAAUGAUGGGAUAUGUCCUUCAUUGUA